AUGGAUUCAAAUGGUGCUGCGCAAGACGACUCUUGGCCUCUCCAACUGGACCAAGAUAUCUACCUGUCCCAGCCCAACGAUAAUAACUUCCUUCAAAACCCAAACAAGUCGACAGCGCGAACGGAAUCCUUUGGGAUUCUCAGAGACUCGCUCAUUCUUGAGGAUCUCGACGAUCCCGAAGGCGUUAACUUUAAGCUGAUUGAUCAGCUCUUCUCCGAGCUUGAGGGUAACAAGGAGCAAGCGCGCGAUCCUGGAUCGCAAGACGAGGUGGCUUCUGAGAGCCGCUCUGGGGUAUCGGCUGGAGAGGAGGAGCAAGAAGUGCGCAACCCAACGAACGAAGGGCAACAGCAGAACGGCAACAGCUUGAGCGCCACGAUCAUCUCUCACCCAACUUCCAAUGUUGCGACUGUACCGACAUCUCAGACAGGUGGAGUGAACGCAACGCAGUCUCUCUGGAGCGCAUCAAUCACCAACGUCACUCAAGCUAGAGCGUGGUUGACAACGAAUCCUCUGACGGUUCAUCUCGACCAAGCAAGCCCUCUCGACGACGACAUCGCAGUGGAGCUCCCUAGACUGGCGAUUCACGCCAAAACCCUGUUCGAUGCUCUUUUCUUGGCGCCUCCUGUAGGCAAGCCGGAGUGGGACAAGCAAGACGUUGAGUACUACGACAACUACCAAACCAAAGCCAUGGCAGAGCUCAAAUCGCUGCUUGAAACACCUCAAGGCUGUCUUAGAGCGCAAAGCCAGUGCUUACUUCUCGUCGAGCAAGUAUUCGAUUUACACGGCACUGGAGUCCUUCCGGGAAUCAACCAGAUGAAGUUGGACGCCAGUCUCAAGGCUUCUGAUCGCAUCUCGAAGAUCAUGAGCUGCGCCCAGAUCAAGCGCGUGUCGUUGGACAUUGCUCAAGGCAACGUCGAGACGCUCAAAAGCCUUGUGCGAAAUCCUGUUGCGCUGUUGAAGAUGCGCGAGCACGCUAUCAAGAACAACAGGCAAAAGAAGGGGAAGAACUUUGCGGGGAAGCGAGCUCUUGCGGAGUCUGCGAAGGCGUCAGAGCGAUCGAUCGCGCAGGCUACUGCGACUCUUACCGGCGACGCUACACCCCAAGGCCGGCAUUCUGAUAUCGCUCAGACCACGACGCCUGUGGAUGGCACGAACAGCCACACGAUCGCACGUAAGCGUGGCGGUAGCGAGGCUYUCCAGGGCUAUGCCACGCCAACUGCGGCGAUUGCAAACGACUCCCACCACCAAGCGCCUCUCAUUCAGACGUACCCAGGAGCAGCGUUCCAAGAAGCCCCCAAAAACAUGGGCCAUGGUAUGCAACCGGGACCUACAGUCUGGCCAGUGAGCACUCCCGGUUCAAGCAGUCUAUUCUUCCACUCCCACGGUGAUGCCCAGCAAGGCUCGAGUUGGAAUCACUCCGAUUACCCAGCGCAGCCAAGCUGGAACCAGCCCGGUCCUUAUCUCCAGCAACCGCAGUCUGGACCAGAUGUGAGCUUAGGCUACCCGCAGCAGCAACGAGUACAGUAUCAGGGCCCGUACCAGGAGCUGGACGAAGUAUUCGGGCAAGCCGAGAAGCAAUAG